GUGAAAAUGAGCGCCGACCAGCUGACAACUUGUUAGAAACAAAACCUCACAAUCCGAGUCUGUCUUCACACAGCUCCGUCAGCACGGCUAGAGGUGGGGACAACGAUCCACUUAAGAUGCACAAGGUAAUCGCUAGUGAUGGGAAGACAGGAGACGAUUUUGAGUUAGCUUACACAGUUACCAAAGUCAUCGGUAAUGGUUCCUUUGGUAUAGUAUUUCAAGCAAAGUUAAUCAACACGGGUGAUGAUGCUGCAAUCAAGAAAGUACUUCAAGACAAGCGCUUUAAGAAAGAAGAAGUAUACUUAAACCUCGUACUCGAAUACGUCCCUGAAACCGUUUACAGAGCUUCACGAGUGUACGCAAAAAGCAAGCAAACAAUGCCAAUGCUUUACAUAAAGCUCUACAUGUACCAGCUUUUCAGGUCGCUUGCCUAUAUCCAUUCUCUCGGUAUCUGUCACCGUGAUAUUAAACCACAGAAUUUGUUACUGAAUCCGUCCACAGGAGUAUUGAAACUAUGUGAUUUCGGCAGUGCAAAAAUUCUGGUGGAAGGAGAACCAAACGUUUCAUAUAUCUGUUCGAGGUAUUAUAGAGCACCGGAGUUGAUCUUUGGCGCAAUAAAUUACACAACAAACAUUGGAGAAAGUGGCAUUGAUCAAUUGGUAGAAAUCAUCAAAGUUUUGGGAACUCCGACAAAAGAACAAAUUAAGACCAUGAAUCCUAAUUACAUGGAGCACAAAUUUCCUCAAAUCAAACCACAUCCGUUUUUAAAAGUUUUCCGCGAUAGAACACCACCUGAAGCAAUCAGCCUCAUAGAGCGUCUUUUGGAAUAUACUCCUUCCAAUCGGCUAACGGCUAUUGAAGCCAUGUGCCAUCCGUUCUUCGACGAACUCCGAAAUCCUGACACGAGGCUUCACACUGGAAAAGAUUUACCGAAGCUCUUUGAUUUCACCGAACGAGAAUUGUCCAUUCGACAUGAACUUAUUCCUAAGCUUGUACCUCAACACGUUGAAGCCGAACUUCUCGCACGGGGAAUUGAUGUUUAUAACUUUAAACCAUUGUCACAAAACCAAAUGCGUGCAACUUUGGACUAA